ACAUUGGAAGCCUGCUUUCUUUCCAUCAACCUCAUCUCUUCCUCUGUCAUCAUGGUAGCCGUCGGUAUACUGACAUCCUAUCAUGUCUACUGUAUCACUACCAAUACAACCACCAUUGAAGGCUGGGAAAAAGGUCGAUCGCUGACGAUCAAAGGCAUGGGAAAGAUUCAAAAUGUCAAAUGCCCCUAUGAUCAAGGGAUCUACAAAAAUCUUCAAUCCGUGUUAGGUCAAUGGCCCAUAUUUUGGUUUCUACCAGGCCCAAUGUCUGGCACCGGACUCGAUUUCCCGAUCAGUACGAAAUACAUGAGUGACGGACUGGAUGACGAGGAGAAGGAAGGACAAACCGAUGAUAGUCGAAGAUCGUCUGUUGCUCCUCCUCCUCCUCCUGCCAAUGAGAGAUCGUCGUCGUUCCAGAGAUAUACUUUUCCAAACAUCACACCUCCUUCCGUUGUUCAGUCCCAAAGAAGAUCCUCUCAGCAAAAUCAACAACAACGACAAUACCUCAAUGAUCAUCCCGGUCUUGUCACCCCCGUCAAGCCUGUCUAUAAACUUAAUUGCAGACAUUGCUCUACCACCGUUUGUGCUCGUGGUAUGAAGGCCAUAUUACUGGCAGAUACCACCAUUGAACUCUACAGCACUGAUACACCCUCUCAAAGCAUACAUGUAUUAGAAAAGGACUAUUUAACACGCUCAUGUCAUUGUAGAAUCCGAGACGUGGCAUGUUUAGAAUGGUAA